AUGGCAAAACGCUUGAAGAAGGAGCCCGACCGUGGAGCGCCGGAGGAGGGGAGCAGCCAGGGAGGCGGCGCGUCCGCUUCUGAGGAAACCAGGGAAGAAACCCUAGAGCGGCGAAUUCUGCGAUCCCGUUAUCUUGCGGUGAAGAAUCAGCUCGUCGGUAUGGAUCCCUCUCCUUCUUCUUUCUCUCCUCUUCUGCAUCAAAGAAUAUGGCUUUUCGUUUCUGGGUAGGAAUCUUUCUUGCCCGCGGUGGCAUUUCGACUGUAGCUAAUUUCCCCAAUUGGGUGGCUUUCUUCUGUUCACAGAUGGAAGGGAGGAUCUAUCUAGAGUGGAUUCCGACCGGUUUAGAUCGAUCAUCACGGAAGUAGAGGCUCUGCAUCAGCAAGGUAAUUCAGGCCAUACUUUCUCUACCCCCCCUCCCCUCCCCCAUGCCACGGAACUCUACAGGGCUGGGUAUUGAAAUCUCUGGUGGGAUUUCUGUUGCAGUGAAGAAACCUAGAGAACAGAUUGCCGAUGCAGAGGCUCUGCUGAACAUCACCAGCACCUUGGUGACCACCAUCAGGUCCCAUGGCAACGAUGGGUUGACCCCAUCAGAUUUCGUCAGGGCCAUGCUGAGAAAGUUUGGUCAACAGGGUGGAACGGGCAGUGAGGGCGCUUGCAGCCAUGCCUUUUGGAAGGAUGUGGGUUCAGCUGUUGCUCAUGUGUUCAUGAGGCCUCCCGGUUGCUGCACAAUGUAAGUUGCCUUCAAUGUUUAAUGAUAGAGGGCUGAGAACUAUACUUGUAUAAUAUUUUUCAUGCAAUGUUUUAGAAAAAAAAUUCCUCAUGUCGAGGUUUCACUGGGGUAUAUAAUGAUGAUUUUUAAUCCGAUCAGGGGGAUGAUGUUUGAUCAAAUGCCUUAAAGAAAAUAUUUGCGUAGGCUGGUUCUUAAUAAAAUUGUUCUAUAAUUUUCUACCCACCGGGUAUGCUUGAAGUGUGAUUACUGAUAAAUUAUAUUGAUUGCGUAACUUUAAAUGAACAAAUAUAAAUUAUAUUCAAGCUACUCCAGGCAAAUUAGAAUUUUUUUUUUGAAUUUUUGUUUAGAAACGUUUCCAAAGUUUCCACAUUCAUACAAAUGAGAUAUUAUUUUACUCGUUUUAGUUCCUCCUGUUGAAAGUUUAUCUCCAUUGGUGAACCCUUCUCAGGAGGUGCUCAAGAUCUGUUAGAAACCCUUAUUUGCCGAACAUCUAUUCACUCAAAAGCCGAGAGAGGGAAGAGAGAGAGAGAGAGAGAGAGAGAGAGAGAGAGAGAGAGAGGAAACCUUGUAGACUUGAGACAUCAAGAUCGUUUACUUAUUUUUGAUCUGAUUCUUCAGUUCUAGGCAAUAACAACAUAUCAAACCCCUUGAUGGAUCGCCGACCUGACCUAUUUUUGACACUGUCCACACCAGGCUUGGCCCCAUGAGCACCGAGCCAAAGCAACGUAAGCCUCAUGCCCAGAGGAAGCAGACCAGACCAGCCGACACCACCCGACCUGAAGAGGUAUCUCUCGUGAAAAUUCUGCCCAGAUGCUGGGUCUUGAUGUUCUUUCGAAUUAUAUUGAAUUCUGUUGAGGUGAUCUUCAAUGGUGGUCUCCUCUGUGUGUGAAGCUGGAAGGAUCGGAGCUGGAGGGGGAGCAGAGAACGGACACUGAUAAGAACAUGUUGACCAUGUUCGACAUCCUGAGGAGGCGGCGGCGGGUGGGGCUCGAAAGCCUCCUACUGAACCGGGCUUCCUUUGCGCAGACCGUGGAGAACCUCUUCGCCCUCUCGUUCCUGGUAAAGGAUGGUCGGGCCGAGAUAACAGUGGACGACAAUGGUCACCACCUCGUCAGUGAGUUGACUCACUUCCCCCCUCCUAGAGAGAGAGAGAGAGAGAGAGAGAGAGAGAGAGAGAGAGAGAGAGAUUUUCUCUUGUGGGUUUUGAUGGGUUUUAGUGGGUGCUGAUCAGUCCGCUGAAUUUCUGCCCUCUCAGUGCCGAGAAAUGCCCCGGUGGCGGUGGCGGUGGCUGCUGGUGAGGUCUCGUACAGCCACUUCGUCUUCAGAUUUGACUUCAAGGACUGGAAGGUAAGAUAAGCCCAUAUCAGGGACUAGCAGCCGAGGAGAUAAUUGGGCCUCUGUGUUCUCUCCUGGCUGAUCGAUUGCUGCACUUCUCGUGUAGCUGAUGCAGGAGAGAGUGGCGCCAGGAGAGGAGCUGAUGCCGGACAGGGGCGACCUCGGCACGAGCUGCAGCCCCUCUGGGCUGGAAGAACGGCCGCCCUGUGAAGGGUCCCAGUCGGCGGCGGCGCCCCCAACGACGCCGAUCAGGAAACUAACGAGGAAUCGGGGGCUGGUCGUGCAGGAACAGUUGUUUGUGGAGGAGUCGCCGGAGAAGGACGGGGGCAGGGCUUCGACCAGGAAGAAGGCCAAGCGCCUCUUUCGCUGA